AUGACUGCCAUCGCCAUCCCGAUCCCCUCCUCGUUCGGCCCAGAGCACCACGAUGGCUUCGCCGCUGCGCUCUCCCGCUCCCCUUACUCGCGCUCGCCCUUCAGACGCUGCUCGCUCUCGAGCUCGGCCUCGUCCCCCGCCAAGGCGAGCUUCCUCGCCUCGAACGCGCACCACCUCCACGCCGGCUCCGACAUCAGCGGCAUUGGAUCGACCAAGGUCGUGCUCCCCGCCGUCGCAGCUGCCGUCGAUGUGGCCGCGCAGUCUCAGCUCGUGCGACCCACCCCGGUCGUGCCCGCCUUCGACCCUCUCCCCAGCAUCCACUCGGGCUCCUUCAUCGAGAACUUCCGCCAGGCACUGCUUGACAUCGACAUCGACGAAUGCGACGCACAUGGCGAGAACGCCUUCUUUGUAUGCGACCUCGGCCAAGUGUUUAAGCAGCACCAGAGGUGGAUGAAGGAGUUGGGUGCGCGCGUGCAGCCCUUCUUUGGUAAGCUGCCGCUGACUUUUGAAAAUAUUAUUUCCGGAACUUCGUGCUGAUCUCUUCUUUGCCUACUACAACAGCCGUCAAGUCCAACCCCGACCCUUACGUCCUUCGCUUGAUGGCUUCGCUCGGCCUCGGCUUCGACUGCGCCUCGCAGCCCGAAAUAUCUGCCGUCUUAUCCUUGCCCAACCGCCCCGACCCCAACCGCAUCAUCUAUGCCAACCCCUGCAAGGCCGCCUCGUUCGUGCGCCAUGCCGCCAAGAACGGUGUCGACUACAUGACCUUUGACAACGGUGACGAGCUGGCCAAGGUCAAGCGUUACCACCCCAACGCCAAGAUGGUCCUGCGCAUCCUCACCGACGACUCGUCGAGCUUGUGCCGAUUGGGUCUCAAGUUUGGUGCGCCCCUCAGUGAAGUGCGAGGGUUGCUCAAGAAGGCCAAGGAGCUCGACAUCAACGUCGUCGGCAUCAGCUUCCACUGCGGCAGCGGUUGCAAGGACCCCGAGUUGUUUGGCGACGCCAUCCGCCGCGCGCGCUGGGCCUUCGACGUUGGAGUUGAGCAUGGCUUCAACUUUGGCCUGCUCGACAUCGGCGGCGGUUUCGAAGACAACAACUUCGAGCUCAUCGCCGCGGUGUUGCGCAAGGCCAUCGCCGAGCACUUCCCUCUCGACGCUCAAGGCAACGGGGUGCGCAUCAUCGCCGAGCCGGGGCGCUACUACGUCUCCCGCGCCUUUGAGUUGGCGACCAACAUCAUCGCUCGUCGCGCCGCUCGCGACGGCACCAACGCUGAGUCCGACAUGGUCGGCCCUGGCCACGUCGCCGACUUUGAGAUGGAAGAGGACGAGAAAGAGGGCGAGGGCGAGCCCGUUGUCAUGUACUACAUCAACGACGGCGUCUACGGCGCCUUCAACUGCACGCUCUUCGACCACCAGGUCGUCCACCCCAAGGUCUUAACCCUGGGCGACGACUUUGUCGCCGACGCUGCCUCGAUCGACAGUACCCUCGAAGAGUGCUCCGUCUGGGGCCCCACGUGCGACUCGAUCGAUCUCGUCCAGCCCAAGGCACAAUUGCCCGUCAACGUCCUCGCCGUCGGCGACUGGCUGCGUUGGGAAGAGAUGGGCGCCUACACUAUCUGCGCCGCGAGUCAGUUCAAUGGCUUCCGCAAAAGCUUGGUCCGUUACACGAUCGAUGCCGAUGUCCAGACGGAGGCCGUGAUCCGUCGCCUGAUCAACAACUAG